GGACGGUGAGAUCGAAUGGGCGGUGAUCGGAAGUCGAAGAAGAAGAGAUCUCCGACGUCAUACUCAUCGGAAGGUUCUUGCUCUUUCCAUCGAUUACAAGUUUUUCAUAUAUAUGAAGGGAAGAAGAAAAGGCAUAGAAGUUCAGAAACAAAGAGUGAUAAGAAAGAGAAAGACUCUCAGAGGAAGCACAAAUCGCGUAAAUCUUCUAGUAUUAAAGAAAAGAAGCCGGAGGAGAAGCACAAACACAAACAUAAACACCACAAGCAUGACCGCCGUGUGAUAUCUAAUUUCAAGGAGCUGUCGGAUGCUGAUUAUUUCUUAAAGAACAACGAGUUUUCCACUUGGCUUAAAGACGAGAGAGACACAUUCUUCUCGGAUCUUUCUUCAGAGUCUGCACGGAAACUAUUUGCAGAAUUUGUCAACGAUUGGAAUAACAAAAAGCUUGAUUCAAAAUUCUACGAUGGCAUUGUGACAGCGCCACGAUCAUCCCAUAAUUGGAAAAUCAAAGUCGACACAAAAGGAGAUCCUCAAAGAGACCUUUUUUAAUCAAAGAGCGAUAUGUAACCAGGUACAGUUUAUCUGAAGCUACUUCUGUAUUAAAGUUCGUAUUGGUAGGUUCUGGUUGUGAAUUCUGGGUUUAGAUUCAGAAAAUCUAAGUUUGUAUUUAUGGGAUCAAUUUGGUUUUGAUAAUAUUGGGUGAUGAAGGAAGAAGGUAGAAAACCCAUUUUUGGUGAA